AUGGACUGUAUCAUUAGUGUUCGUGACUUUUCAACCCGCCUUGUUGUAAUAUAUAGACCUCCUCCAUCCAAAACGAAUGGCCUAAGUACUUCAAAAUUCUUGAACAAUGAGUUUCCUGAUUUUCUGUCGAAAUAUGCUGAAACUGACAAAACCACAGUGUUUCUAGGAGAUACAAACUUUCACAUUGAUAAACUUGAUAAUCGUGAUGCGCAGAAUUUCUUAUCCAUCCUGAACACAUUUGGAUUAAAACAGUUAGUCAAUGAACCGACACAUGUAGCUGGACACAUUUUAGAUGUAGUCAUAACAAGAGAAAAUGAAAAUGUAGUAUCUGAUAUUAAAAUAACUGAUCCUGGAUUUAAAACUUCAAACGGAAAAGUAACACGUGACCAUUUUGCUAUCCUAAUGAAAGUUAAUGUUUCGAAACCACCACCUAUUCGUAAAACAGUCACAUACAGAAAAUCUCGUGAUAUAAACAUUGAAGAUUUCAAAGCAGAUAUUAGAUCAUCUGAACUUUUUGGUCCUAAACCAGACAGCAUGGCAGAAGCAGCAGAGAAAUAUCACACUGUCCUUUCAUCUUUGUUAGACAAACAUGCACCUGAGAAAACAAAAACAAUUGUUCUCAGACCCCAAUGCCCGUGGUUCAAUCAAGAAAUACAUGAGGAGAAACACAUUAAACAACUAGCUCAAGAUUUUAGUGAUUUCUUUGAAAACAAAAUUGAAAAAAUCAGAUCUGACAUAGCAUCUAAAAAUGAAUGUAAUAUAACAAAUGAAUCUAAUUCAACUCAAAUACAAAAGCCUAAAGAAACAUUCAGUGAAUUUGAAGUUAUUACAGAAGAGCAAGUUCUUAAGCUCAUAUCAAAGUCAUCUACUAAAUCAUGUGAACUAGAUCCGAUACCGACUUGGCUCCUAAAAGAAUGCAAACUUGAAGUAUCACCAUAUCUAACGCACAUGUUCAACUUAUCAUUUUACACCGCCGACGUACCUCCACGCAAUAAGACUUCGAUAAUCAGACCACUAUUAAAGAAAGACAAUUUGGAUCAAGAAAUUAUGAAAAACUUUAGACCAGUUGCUAAUGAAACAUAUGACUCAAAACUUCUAGAAUCUGCGGCUGACUGUCAGUUUGAUAUGUUUCUCAACACUAACAAUCUACAUGAACCAAAUCAAUCUGCAUACAGGAAAUUUCAUUCCACAGAAACUGCACUUAUCAAAGUGCAAAAUGACAUUCUCCAAUCUCUUGACAAAGGUGAAGUUACAAUAUUAGUAAUGCUCGAUUUAUCUGCUGCCUUUGACACGAUUGACCACAACACUCUUCUUAAUCGACUCGAAUGUGACUUUGGUUUUACUGGAAAAGUGCUCGCUUGGUGUAGAUCUUAUCUCAGUGGUCGCUAUCAGACUGUUUGUAUUGAUGGAGAACUAUCUGACCCUGUGCAUAUGACAUACAGUGUCCCUCAGGGCUCU